UCGUCCUCGUUUCCGUUGCGAAGCACACGCCCUCUUUCUCUCGGCUUCCUGGUCCCGGAGUUCGAAGGAGGACAUCGUUAAAAGAUGGCGACAAUCUUCGGCGUCUCUGCUUCUGUUUCAGCUAACCCCAAUCCUUCCUCUGUUCUGGCUCCAACGAAGCUCUCUGCUUCUUCCUCUGUCUCUUUCUUGUCCUCCCGCGGCAGAACUCGAGGUUUCCCGCUCAUUUCUCGGACGGUCCUGCCGCACCGCCGUCGCACUGUCCGUCGGAUUAAUGCGAAGAAGCAGACAUUUUCUUCAUUUGAUGAUUUGAUAGCAGGGUCCGACAAGCCUGUAUUGGUUGACUUCUAUGCGACUUGGUGCGGUCCAUGCCAAUAUAUGGUUUCUGUUCUCAAUGAAGUUGGCCAUGCAAUGAAGGAUGCCAUCGAUGUGGUGAAAGUUGAUACUGAAAAAUAUCCGAGCAUUGCCAAUCGCUACAGGGUCGAGGCGUUGCCUACUUUAAUCAUUUUCAGGGACGGAAAGCCAUCAGCUAGAUUUGAAGGUGCACUGCCUGCUGAUCAGCUGAUGCAGUGGAUAAACAAUGCACUUGACACUGUUGCUGUUUGAUGCCUUUUUGAAAUUGAUUAUGACUUCGGGCAACCAGUGUAUAGUAUCAGUUUGUAGUAUAUAGCUCACCAGGGGCAAUUUUUUCAUUUGGAAAAUACAGAUGAAUAAAAUCUAUGAAGGCUUCUACUGUUAUAAACUUUCAGUCUGUUCUUUUCUUUAUGAUUAUGAUAAACUUUAAGCAAAUUUUGUUCAA